AUGGAAGGCAUCCAGCAAGAAGGCAACUGCACUAUGGAAGGCAUCCAGCAAGAAGGUAACUGCAGUAUGGAAGGCAUCCAGCAAGAAGGCAACUGCAAAAAGGUUCAUUGGGAACUAAAAGCAGCAAUAACUCUAGCCAACCCAUCCUUCAUCAGGAAUAACAAGCUGCCGGACGUGACUCUUCAGUCUAUCUUCACCGACUUCCUCACUAGAGAAACAUUCUCACCACACAGCCCGACCGUGGGCGGAGGGACAGCAGGCAGCGUUGUGGCAUCUCGUCUGUCAGAGGUGAGACAGUGGAAAGUGCUACUGCUUGAGGCUGGAGGUCCUCCUCCACCUGAGAGCCACGUUCCUGCCUUUUCCCUCACUUUCUACCUCCCCGGUAGCUACACUUGGCCUUACUACAUCACUCCGCAGAAACACUCGCACAAGAGCUACGUAGGGAGGAGUGAGAGGUUGCUGCAAGGUCGAAUGCUGGGAGGGUCGUCAUCAGUGGGGGGUCUACUGUACAUGCGAGGCAGCAGGAACGACUAUGACCAGUGGGCAGUCCUAGGGAACCCUGGCUGGGACUACCUUUCAGUCUUACCCUACUUCAGGAAGUCUGAAAACUAUCAGGGAGAGGAGAAGGGCUACAGUGAACUGUACCACGGCCGAGAAGGACCCAUGGCUGUGACUCCGACAAGGAAGCUGUCAAGGAUGACCAAGGCUUUCCUGCAAGCUGGCCAAGAACUUGGCUACAAAAUCAUCGAUCCCAAUGGGCAUGAGCAAAUUGGUUUUGCACCGGCGGAUUAUACAGUUUUUAAUGGCAUCAGAGGGUCCACAGCAGAAAACUUCCUACGUCCGGCAGCGUCGCGGCCUAACCUUCACAUAGUUCACAGCGCCACAGUGCACAAGAUAGUGAUGAACAAGAAGAGAGCAGUUGGUGUACAGUUCAUACAUCGUGGGAAGCUGAAGAAGGCGUGGGCGGUACGGGAAGUGGUUGUGUCUGCCGGAGCUCUCUCCUCCCCCAAGAUCCUUAUGCUGUCUGGUUUGGGUCCUGCACAACACCUGCAGGAACAUGGGGUGCCGGUUGUGCUGGAUCUGCCAGGCGUAGGCACGAACUUGCAGGAUCACUUCAACAUUCAAGGACUCACAUGGACCGUACCUCAGGGAGUCCUCAACCCACCCAACAACCUGGUUGCCCUCCAUCAGUAUCUCAACAACAGGACAGGACCUUUCUCGGAGCCACUAGGGGAGAAGACCAGCGCCUGGGUGACCGUCACUCCUGAGGGUGUGACGCAGGAAGACCCCAACUGGCCCAAUGUUCAGUGCCAUAUCCUUACACCGCCGAUAUCAUUCGACUUGGGGUUCCUUACCCCAGAGUUGACCAGUCUGGAAUAUAAUAGCUACGUGGAAUACUUCAGACCUGUGUUUGGCAAAGAAGGUUUCACUAUGGCAUGCCAUAUUAUGAGACCGAAAAGUCGAGGCACUGUUACUCUCAGGUCCAAUGACCCUCAGCGACCUCCACUCAUUGACCCGAAUUAUCUGAGUCACCCUGAUGACUUGGCCACCCUUGUCAGUGCUGUGCGAUUUCUACUGAAAGUGGGCAACACAACAGCCUUGGCACGCGGUCUUAGUGCUGAGUUCCACGACAAGCCUCUGCCAGGCUGUGAGACGGAGACAUACGACAGUGACGCCUACUGGGCCUGCUACGUGAGCCAUCUGGCCGCCAGCUACCUACAUCCAGCUGGCACCUGCAAGAUGGGUCCUCCUACUGAUCCCUUCAGCGUGCUCGACCAUCAGCUCAAGGUACGUGGUGUUGGAGGUCUCCGUGUGGUGGACGCGUCCGUGAUGCCCGUCCUGGUCUCAGGCAACACCAUCGCUCCAGUUAUCAUGAUUGCUGAGAAGGCAGCAGACAUGAUCAAGAACGACUGGCGAGCUGUCUGACCAUGAAUGUAAUUUAAUCACUCCGAUGGAGAUUCCAAGCGCUUGUGUGAACUCUUAAGUGACGUUCUCAAGCAAUGUGAGAGAGUACGAACGACCUAGGAAACUGUAUUGGUGAAUAAGGUUAGAACUUAGCUUUUCGAAUUCAAGAGGUGUCAGUAAAGGGAUAUAUCGCAUCUUCACCACCAGCAAAGAAUAUUGUAAACUCACGGUGUACACCUCCCUGUGUAUAUACCGAUAUACACCUCCCUGUGUAUAUACCGAUAUACACCUCCCAGUGUAUAUACUGAUAUACACCUCCCUGUGUAUAUACUGAUACACUUCACGGUGUAUUUAUCGGAUAUGUAUUAUCCUAAGUGGUUAAAUUGCAUAAAGAUAUCGCUCGCCGUUUCUCAUCCUGUUGUUUAAUAAUGUGUAUAA